AUGUCGAAGACACUUGUGCAGCCGGUUGGCCAGAAGAGGUUGACGAACGUCGCAGUGGUUCGGCUGAAAAAGCAAGGGAACCGCUUCGAGAUCGCCUGCUACAAGAAUAAGGUCCUUUCAUGGCGGUCUGGCGUGGAGAAGGACAUUGAUGAAGUAUUGCAGUCACAUACUGUGUAUUUAAAUGUUUCGAAAGGAGUUCUUGCUAAAUCAAAAGACAUGAUGAAGGCCUUUGGAUCAGAUGAUCAUACGAAAAUAUGCUUGGAGAUUCUGGAUAAAGGAGAGCUUCAAGUUGCUGGGAAAGAAAGAGAAUCACAGUUCUCGAGCCAGUUUCGUGAUAUUGCAACGAUUGUUAUGCAGAAAACCAUCAACCCUGAAACUCAAAGGCCUUAUACUAUCAGCAUGGUAGAGCGGCUAAUGCAUGAGAUCCAUUUUGCUGUUGAUCCUCAUAGCAAGUCCAAGAAGCAGGCCCUUGAUGUCAUCCGUGAGCUGCAGAAGCAUUUCCCUAUAGAGCGUUCUCCGAUGAGACUGCGUCUCACUGUUCCUGUUCAGAACUUCCCCUCGCUUCUGGAUAAGCUAAAAGAAUGGGAAGCUUCUGUUGUCUCCAAAGACGAAUCUGGAACCCAGAUGUCCACUGUUUGUGAGAUGGAACCGGGACUUUACCGAGAGUGUGAUUCCCUUGUGAGGAAUAUGCAGGGGAGAUUAGAGAUACUUGCUGUAUCAGUUCACGCGGAAGGUGAUACAAGCAUGGAUCAUUACGAUGAGCAUGAUGAUAUGGCGUUGCAGACCAACAAGCUAUUGUUACCUCCUAAAACCGAGACCGAUCCCGUCGUUGAACUAAGCAAGAAAAUGGAGAAGCAAGAGAUUGGUUCUGGUGACAACAACACAAAGCAAGGAGGAGAAGAGAAAGGGACCAAGUGCAGCACUUGCAACACGUUCGUUGGCGAGGCUAAGCUAUACAGAGAGCAUUGCAAGAGUGACUGGCACAAACACAACCUGAAGCGUAAGACUCGUAAGCUCCCUCCUAUUUCUGCUGAAGAAUGCUCGGCUGAGAUUGAUAUGGAUGACUCUAGAGCAGAUUUGAAAGACUACUCUUUCUGA